AUGGGUUUGGAGCAGUUUAGUUGUAAUAAGAUCGAUAGCAAAUUGGAACUUACUAUGGAUUCAUUAAUUUCUAGGUAUAAGGAUAUAUUCGCGGACGGGCUCGGGCGGUACACGGGCGGCACGGUGGCGCUGCGCGUGCGCUCGGGCGCCGCGCCGGUGUACUUGCGCGCGCGGCCGCUGGCGUACGCGCUGCGCGCGCCGGUGGAGCGCGCGCUGGACCAGUUGCAACGGGACGGCAUUAUCACGCCGGUCGAAACGUCAGACUGGGCCACGCCGAUAGUACCAGUAGUUAAGCGUGAUGGAGAUGCGAGUUCGAGCGGCGUGGGGGCGGUGAUUUCGCACCAGAUGCGAGAUGGAACAGAAAGACCUGUUGCGUACGCGUCCAGAGUGCUCAAUGCGGCGGAGUCAGGGUGGCCGGCGAAGUGCGACGAUCCAGAGCUGCAGCCGUAUUGGGUAAGGCGUCACGAACUGUACUCAGAAGCAGGAUGUAUCAUGUGGGGCUACAGAAUGGUGAUACCCACGGCGUUAAGAAAUGACGUUCUGCGUGAGCUGCAUAUAGGCCACUUUGGAGUGGUUAAGAUGAAAAGUCUUGCCCGGAGCUAUGUUUGGUGGCCCGGCAUCGAUGCUGAAAUCGAGAAAACGUGUCGGGAAUGCACCACAUGCGCUUUGGAAGCACCGGCCCCUGCCAAAGCUGCACCACAAGCUUGGCCAUAUCUCGAAGAAGUUUGGAGUAGGUUGCAUAUGGAUUUCCUAGGACCCUUACACGGCAUGACCUAUUUAGUGGUCGUGGAUUCAUCGUCGAAAUGGAUCGAAGUAAAACAAAUGACGAGGACGACGGCAGAUGACGUCAUCAGAGUCUUAAGGGAGAUAUUUGCGCGUUUCGGGCUACCCAAGAUGAUGGUAUCGGACAACGGCCCGCCGUUCACGAGCGGAGAACUGACCCAGUUCAUGCAAUUUAAUGGCAUAAAACAAACGUACUCUCCGGUGUAUCAUCCAUCUUCAAACGGGGCAGCCGAAGGUGCAGUAAAGCUUGUCAAAAAAACCAUUUUGAAGGCGCUACGGGAUAAGCAAGACGUGGACGCUGCGCUCCAGUCAUAUUUACUGGCGUAUAGGAACUCAAUUCACAGUAGCACGGGCGAGUCACCGGCGAGGUUGCUACAGCGAAGAGGUCUGCGCACCCGACUGGAUCUUCUGCGCGCCGACGCCGGCGCCACGGCGCACGAGUGUGCACGCGCCGCGCAGCUCCGACAGCGCGAAAACGCAGGGGGCGUCUCGAGGUCGUGUAGUGUAGGUGAUAAUAUUUGA